UACUGUAUCUUCAAGUAUUAAUCUGAUCUUUUGACAUGCAGAUGGAACAAUCCUCUACGCGCGCUGGAUUUCAGAAGACACUUAGCACCUACUUUGGAUAAUGGUCGAUGCAUGAAGUCAUUGUUAUUCUAAGAUUAAGAAUUACAUGCGAAAGGCAUGUUCCCCAUCCAUCUUCAUAAUGGGCUGAAAUUCUUGUUUGGUGAGAAAGUGUGCCCGGCUGAACGCCGAGGUGAUAUGUGGAGGUACAGAAGAUAAGGGGCGGAUCUGGCUACACCUCACCAAACAGCAGAACUGCGGGAUUAUAAACCCCACACACGUGCGUUUAAAUACAGAGGGGGCAGAUAUCUGUGGACUGGAGGACGGACUUCCACCGCGGGAAUGUUUAACUGGAGCUCUGAAGCCGGCGUCGCAUCCGAAAAGUCUGUCAGAAAAUAUCCGGAGCGCUUUGACCAAACCUGGAGCUCCAGUCGGAUCAUGGCAGUGUCAUCAUCCAUGCGCGCGCUCGUCUCCAGAAGACCACUGGAUCUUAUCUCGGUUUUAAACUCUUUGUGGAGUUUGUGACCUGUUUAUCUGGAUCUUCAGAAGUUGUUUUUGCUGCCGAGGUCUUUGUUUGUUUGUUUGUUUGUUUGUUUGUUUGGACCGUUAUUAUAAUGUUGAGGUGAUUUUUCCGUCGCGCGAAGCUUCGCUGAAGGUUUCAGGAUUAUGAGUGCCUCAUGACACCGAUGUCUCCCUCUUUCUGGAUUUUAAAGAAGACCGUUUCUGCAGGCUUGGGAUACUUUUGUUAUUCAUUUUGUUUCUUUACCCCCCGUGCGUCUGGAGCGAAUUUAGGAUGCUGUGUCUGUCUCCUCCAGUAACCUACAACCUGUUAUUCUGGUUUUUAAUUCUCCAAACGCCACAAUCAACUGCACCUUUAAUCACCGGUACAGAGGCUAGCUGUGAAAACGAGGGAGAAGUGUUACACAUCCCCAACAUCACAGACAACCCCUGCAUCUCCUGCGUCUGUCUGAAUCAGAAAGCAGAGUGUAAGCAGGAGAAGUGUGCACCGCUGGCUGAGGACUGUGCGCUGGUGGUCAAACAGACGGGAGCCUGCUGUGAAAAAUGCAAAGGUUGUCUUCUGAAAGGGACGUCCUACAACAGUUCCCAUCACUGGAUGAGCCCUGUGAAACCCUGUGUCACGUACAGCUGUCAGGAAGGUGUCGUCACUGAAGCAGAAAUGAGGUGUGUCAUUCACUGUAAGAACCCCAAAAUCCACCCCAAGAAAUGCUGCCCUACUUGUCCAGGGUGCAUUUUUGAGGGGAAUUUAUAUAAAGAAGAUGAAGAAUUUCACCCUGAAGGGAAUCCCUGUAUUAAAUGCGUCUGCACUGGAGGGCAAAGCAUGUGUCAUAAAUUGGUGUGUCCCGUUCUGUCCUGCCCAUCUCAUCUUACCCACACUCCACCUGGCCAGUGCUGUCCUAGAUGUCGGGGUCAGAGGAGGGUGUUUGACUUAUCGCCGGGCAGCUGUCUGUUCCACAGUGAGGUUUAUGAGAACGGCUCCUCCAUCAGCUACGAUAACUGCACCACCUGCACCUGUGUGGACUCCACAGUGCUCUGCAGGAAGAGAUGCUCUCCGCCCGGCAGCUGUCACGGCACUGCCUGCUGCGAAGCCUGCCAGUCUCACCUCAAGAUGGAAGACGUGAAAUACUGCAGAGUCAAGAGCAAAAUCUAUAGGGAUGGCGACAGAUGGUCGUCUGUGAACUGUUCUCUGUGCACGUGCGUUAAAGGGAAUAUUGAAUGUCAACCCAAGAUUUGCGUUCCUAUUACCAGCUGUCCCUCGAAUAAGAUACUGAAUCGCACUGGCUGCUGUCCUGUUUGCACUGACAAGCCAGGUGUGUGUACCGUAUUUGGAGACCCUCACUAUAACACGUUUGACGGCCGUACCUUCAACUUCCAGGGCACGUGUAAAUAUGUGCUCACCAAGGACUGUUCCCCAGCGGCCAGUUUCACAGUGCUGGUGAAGAACGAUGCUCGUCGCACACGUUCCUUCUCAUGGACCAAAUCAGUGGAGCUGCACACGUCCGGCCUGAGCAUCAGCCUCCAUCAACACCUGACCGUCCGGCAGAACGGCACACGCAUCGCUCUUCCCUUCCACAGCACCGGCGUCCACAUCGACCUGGACGGAUACCUGCUCAAACUCACCACCAUCGCAGGACUGGAGAUCACGUGGGACGGGGACAGUCUGGUGGAGGUGGUCGCAGCACCUCAUCUGAAGGGGCAGUUGUGUGGUCUUUGUGGAAACUACAAUGGUCAGCGGCGAGAUGACUCUCUGGGAGGAGACGGACAGUUUAAGUUUGACGUGGAUGAAUUUGCCGAAUCGUGGCGUGUGGAGGACAACGAGCUGUGCGAAGUACAGAACCGCCGACCCACAUCCUUCCUCUGUCCUGGAACAGUGAAGGUGAAGCUCCGCGCUCACAGAACCUGCCAGAAGCUCAAGUCCUGGGAGUUUCAGAAGUGCCACUCUUCUGUCGACUUCACCUCCUUUUACAAGUCGUGUGUAACAGACAUGUGUGAGUGUCCAGUGCAUAAGAACUGUUACUGUGAGUCCUUCAUAGCGUACAGUCGAGCGUGUGAGAGAGAAGGGAUUCAUGUGCACUGGAGACCAGAGCUCACCUGCAUGAGCACACAUUGCAAACACGGCGCAGUUUAUGACACAUGUGGACCUGGCUGCACUAAAAGCUGCAAUAACUGGAAUGAAAUCGGACCCUGUCAGAGGCCCUGCAUCGCCGGCUGCCACUGUCCCGCCAGCCUGGUCAUGUUUCAGGGCCACUGCAUUAAACCAACAUCCUGCCCCGGGCGAUGACCCACAACACUCGCACAAAAGCAGAGGCAUCCAAACACACAGAGGCAAAGACAACCGGACAUCUACGACACUCCGAGAGACACAAACUGAUCCUCUUACCUCUGUAGUGUCCAUGUCAGGACUGCUCGCUCUAUGACAGGUCGUGAAAACUUCAUCCAAGUGCCUUAUCGACCUGUGGAGCAAUAAACAGCGUUACGAAAUUCCAAACUGGACGUGCAUAAACUCUAGUAUUAUCCGUUUAUUGGGUCAGCCAGUAUUUAAUACGCAAUCACUUGAGUGAAAGGGAAACUAUUUAUGUAUUUUGUUGUUUAUUUUGUAUGCCGGGGACUAAAAUGUGACUGUUUUAGCAUUCAAGAGAAGCGUACUGUAUUUGUCCAUGCGAGCAUUCAUACGUUGAUGUGUGUAUGUGUUAUUAUACCUGUAGAUUGACCCAUUAAGAUAUUAUAUAUAUGACCAGUAUAAAGCUUAUAUAUAUUAAGGAAAAACAUAUUUGUCACAGCUCAGGUUCAGAGAUUUCUCGUGUGUACAUUCAGGACUGGGAUUACAGAAUGACUUUGCACAUAUUUCAAAGACGUUAAGCUAAAAAGUCAGCAUCAUAUUACGUAAAAUGUGACGGAGUUAUUUGGGUACGAUGAAAAUUGAGUGUAAAUUGAUAAAACGUUGCGAUAUUGACCCGA